GAACAACUAUUCAGUUGAGACGUACUGGUAAUACGCUAUACAGUCUAUGGUAACACGGCAUAAGAGGAGACUGUAUUCUCACCUGAAGCAUAGACAACGUUUAACGUGCCAUAGAGCGAAACGGUACUUUUAUGUGCGGUAAUAUCAUGUCAGCACUCCUGCCAGCAAUUGUGCCCGCUGCUUGUAGGGCCACAGCUGCGGUGAUAUUCCUCCAUGGCCUGGGAGACACAGGACAUGGAUGGGCUGAAGCUAUGGCCGGGAUCCGGACACCUUAUGUCAAGUACAUUUGCCCUCAUGCACCUGUAAUGCCCGUCACUCUCAACAUGAACAUGGCAAUGCCUUCCUGGUUUGACAUAGUUAGUCUUAAUCCUCAUGCCGAAGAAGAUGAUACUGGAAUUAAAAGAGCUGCUGAAAGCAUCAAAGCACUGAUUGAUCAAGAAGUUAAGAAUGGUAUUCCAUCUCAUAGAAUUGUGUUGGGAGGGUUCUCUCAGGGUGGAGCCCUGUCUCUCUACACUGCUUUGACAACUCAUCAAAAGCUGGCUGGUGUUGUUGCUCUCAGCUGCUGGUUGCCCCUCAGGAACUCCCUAUCACAGUCAAUGAUAAGCAGUAAUAAGGACAUAUCGGUGCUGCAGUGUCAUGGUGAAGCAGAUCCUCUUGUUCCUUUUACUAUUGGCUGUCUCACUGUACAGAAACUCAAAGUCAUGCUGAAUCCCUCCAAUAUCACUUUUAAAACAUAUCCUAUAAUGCCUCACAGUGCAUGUCUCGAGGAAAUGAUGGACAUCAAGCAAUUUAUUGAGAAGCAGCUCCCCGAAAUCAAUAAAUCAAUCAUUUAAACUGUAAUUGGCCAUUUGACAAAAGAAGUACACAAAUAAAGUUCUUACCUUCUUAGAGUACUUAAGUUAAUAUAUAAAAAAUAUACUGAAUCAAACUGAA